AUGUUAUCAGGAAGCGAAAGGCUACUGGUGGAAUCCUGCUCACCGCCAGUCACAACCCUGGCGGUACGUCCUCCACUCUCUUAUUUUCGACCUCCAGCGAAGCACCGGCUAACAUGUUGCACAGGACCCAAGGCUGACUUCGGCAUCAAGUACAAUCUGACAAACGGUGCCCCGGCACCCGAAUCUGUCACAAACAAGAUCUUCGCUACCUCCAAAUCCCUCACCGAAUACAAGAUCGCCGAUAUCCCCACUGUUGACAUAUCGAAGAUCGGAACCAAGACAUACGGACCUCUGGAGGUCGAGAUCAUCGAUUCAACAGCCGACUAUGUGGAGAUGCUGAAGGAUAUCUUCGACUUCCCUCUCAUCAAGUCAUUCCUGGAAAGCCACAAAGACUUCAAGACUCUCUUCGACGCUUUGAACGGUGUGACUGGGCCUUAUGGUAUUGCAAUCUUUGAGAAGGAGCUAGGACUACCCAGCAGCAGCACCCAAAACUGCAUACCCUCCCCAGACUUCGGUGGUGGUCACCCAGAUCCCAAUCUAGUCUAUGCCCACUCUCUAGUAGAGGCUGUUGACAAGCACAACAUCCAAUUCGGCGCGGCUAGCGAUGGAGACGGCGACCGCAACAUGAUCUAUGGUGCCAACGCCUUUGUAUCUCCUGGAGACAGCUUGGCCAUCAUUGCUCACUAUGCCAAGCUGAUUCCUUACUUUCAAAAGCAAGGAGUCUACGGUCUUGCUCGGAGUAUGCCCACAUCCGGAGCCAUCGAUCUUGUGGCCAAGAAACAAGGUUUGCAGAACUACGAAGUCCCAACUGGAUGGAAAUUCUUUUGUAAUUUGUUCGACACCAAGAAGAUGUCGAUUUGCGGUGAAGAAAGUUUCGGCACAGGGAGCAACCACAUUCGUGAGAAGGAUGGUCUGUGGGCUGUCGUUGCCUGGUUGAACAUUAUCGCUGGUGUUGCAAAGGAGAAGCCUGGCGAGACACCUAGCAUCGCCUCCAUCCAACACGAGUUUUGGGGUAUCUAUGGCCGGACGUUCUUCACCCGCUACGAUUAUGAGGGCGUUGACAGUGACGGAGCAAACAAGGUCGUUGCGAAUCUGACUGAGCUCAUCACUACGAAGAAGUCUGAAUUCGUUGGGUCGACCAUCCAAGGACGCAAAGUGCUUGAGGCUGAUGACUUCUCGUACACUGAUCUGGAUGGCAGUGUCAGCAAGAACCAGGGCAUCUUCGUCAAGUUUGACGAUGGCAGUAGAAUUGUUGUCAGGUUGUCAGGAACGGGCAGCAGUGGUGCCACCAUUCGACUAUACGUUGAGAGACAUGAGGGCGACUCAUCCAAGUUCAAGUUGGACGCGCAGGACUACCUGAAGGAUAACAUACAACUCGCCGUCAACCUGUUGAAGCUAAAGGAAUACGUGAACCGGGAAGAGCCCGACGUUAAGACUUAG